AUGUCCACCACUGGAGUACCAAUUCUCUCUAGGAUUGACCGUUUAGAUUACAUGUUGAAGCAGUUAGAGGAAAUUAGAGGGUACAACCGAUCUCCAAAGAGCUCGUGUGCAUCGACACCAACAAGUGGAAGUGAUGGACGAGUUUCAUCGGUUGAUUUCUCUCCAAAGAGCUUGGAGAAGCACUGCCGUCCGAUCGACACGGUGAUAAUGGAGACCGAAGUCAAGGGAACGUUGAUAGAGAGGCUCAAUCAAGUGGAGGAUCGGAUGCUUAAGCUAGAAGAAGAUUGGAUUGCGGAGAGGAGGAAAGAAGAAGAGAAGAAAACUGUUAGGGGAAGAAAAAAGGGCUUCAAACAACUUGUGCAGCAGUGUGUGAUCAAAUCAAGAAGAGAACAUGGUAAUGACUAA